AUGCAACGCAAUAGCAGCUACUCGCUGCCCUACCCAGGCCCAACUUCACCCAAAUAUUCUUCAAGCCAUAGUACCAGCAGUGCCUUCAGCGCCAGCGCCAACCCAAACGAAGACUGGACCAAGAUAUCAGACCUGGCUGAGCGUCGACGAAUACAAAACAGGAUCGCUCAACGCAACUACCGCAAGAAGAUAAAGAGACGUCUUGAAGAUCUCGAACGAAGAGCAGGUUCAUCAUCAGCCUCACCGGAGCAGUCACACGCAGAGCUAGCGCCCAUGAUUCAAGAGAGCCACACACAUCGGAGGAAUGAGGAGGGAGUGAAGCGAAAACCAUCGAAACAGGACUCGGCAGCUUCAAAAGGCCGCCGCAGAUCACCAGAACCACUCUUGACUCCAUACUCGACACCAAAGACCGGCCGUUCAUCAAAGUCACCAUAUCACUACCACAGAGAACUCUCCAUCUCCCCUCCACCUUCGUACAACUACUCGUAUUCGCUACCCGAGCCCGUUAUCCAGGCACCUUAUCCACAACAUUCGCCCUUCAACACCCUACCUGCACCGUAUCCUGACUACUCCGGGCAACCGCAGUACCUCCCGCCGCUCCCGACGACAUUGCCUAGCAUGGUGCCAUACGAGCUUGGACCAUCAAAACACAACGGCUUUCUCGACGAGGACAUCCUCAGUCAAUAUGAAACCGGCUAUGCACCAUUCGCCGGCAUAGAUCUGCCUAUGCAACAGUCCUAUCAGGACUCCAAUGCUCAUACACCGCCCUUGUCGCAUUCACAUUCAUUCGAGUAUUCGAGGGACGGAUCGCCAUCGAUGAUCUUUCCAGGGACACCGGUCUCGAUACCGGAUUCACCUCGACUUGUCAUUCGGUAA